CUACAACUGGGUCUCUAUCAGAUCACAAUAAUGAAACAUCAGGAGAUGAGCUUCCAACAGACUCCACAGUAGCAGGCAUCAGGCUACAACGUACCAGUCAUAAUCAACCACCAGCCGGGUUUCUGUUGCAUCGAGAAAAGCCUUCGACUCUACCGGACUGGCCGUCUUCACCAAAGCCCAUCAACACACCAAUCUACGUCAAAGCCCUCAAUGGCCUCUUCGAUGUUCUUUUAUUCGCUUGUUCAGCUGCUUUUCUCGCAUUUGCGAUCGUCGUCAAGCUGCACGACCGAGUUCCCACAGCAGAGUACCCACGUCUCACCACGACACUACUUAGAGCUACCAAAUAUGGUCCAACUGUCUUUCCUAUCCUGUUCGCCUCAAUCAUCGGCCGCGCGGCGCAUGCUAUUCUUCUCUGGCGUCUUGAGAAAGGCGAGCGCGUUGGUUUAUUAGACACACUUGCCAGUAGUACAUCACUUACUAGCACUGUAAUAUCGCAGCUUCAACUUCGCUCACUUAGCAUUCUCGGUGUAGCAUUGCUAGUUGUGUGGUCCUUAUCGCCAAUUGGAGGUCAAGCCUCUGUCAGAGUCAUGAGCAUCGGGACCAAAGAUGCUCAGAUACACGAGUCGUUAUCGUACAUGGUCAACAGUGGUAAUCUUGGCGCAUACACCCCGGCAGAUAUGUUUAUUCAGGGUCUUUCAUACUCAAGCGUUGUAUUCGUGGCAGCUCUCAUGGGAUCACCAGCAACGAAGUCCUCUCCGCUCGAUGUCUGGGGCAAUGUUAAGAUGCCAAGAAUCGAAGAUUACGAAGGUUCCGCUCUUAUGGACGAUGACGGCUGGUACGAUGUCAAUGGUGGCGAUAGCGACGCAUAUUCAUCUCUCAUUGGCAUACCUAUUGUCGGCAUACACGAAUCGAACUUCAUCGACUACGUUACGCGGGUCCAAUCGCCUUUGCUAAGCCUACAAUGCUCAGUCAACACCACGGCGUUAUACAUUGAGGCUGAGGUCCGAUGCCCAACUCCAUUGACUUGUACAUUGAGGAGAGUACGCCGAUCAAGAUUAAACCACUUCCUACCCGCCUGGACACUACUAGACAAAUCCUGGCGAACGCCAAAUCUCCUUUUCCAGGGUAUGCUUAAUUCAUUUAAUGGCAAGCUCUACUAUCUACAGUUAUUUAACUGUUAUCUCUUAGACCUAAACCUAGUUAAUUUAAACUACGCCAACGUAUCUCAAAUAACUAAAGACAAGUAUGCUAUUAGGCUUGGCUAAAUACUUAAUGCCUACUUCGCUUGCUUAAAUGGAUUCUUUGCCAUUACUACAGGUAUUAACAACGAGACCGGUUAUUCUUGGGACAACAACCAGACAUUUACUAUGCCACCUAACUCAAGCGAAGUGACGAAGACUAAGCGGAAAGAGGUUAUUGUGGCUUAUUAUAGUUAGGUUGUUGCUUUAUGUCUCGCUUUAAUCGUACUUAUUGUAGUGAGUCUUGUCGUUCUAUUUGUCUGUCGCUACCUCACCACAGGAGUUGACCUAGCCAUGAAUAUAUUGUCACUCGCAACAAGAAAUAAUCCCUAUAUGUUAUUACCGCAGACAGAGACUUACUUGGAUGCUUCUGAUCGCGCGAGACUACUCCGCAAC